UUGAGUUUCCUCUCUGCUGGCUUGUGCAGCGAGAGAGGAGGAGUGGGGGGAAGUAACUCGCUCACUCUUCCUCUGAAGCUUAAGCAAACGUGCUGGUGACUGCACUGGUGGGGAGCUGCCCUGGGUGCAGUUGCCUUGUAGCUCUCGGUCACUAAAGAAUUGCCUGGACUUCUCAAGGACCUGGAGGAAAAAGCCGUCGCUUUACAGACCCGAUAGUUGCUCAGUGCCUAUAGACUUGACACGUUUUUUUUUUUUUUACCUAGGGGAUUCUUUUUUUAAAUUAUUUUUCUCCCGUGUCUCUCAGAACAGCAGUUCCUUGAGUGUGUGGCAUUGAAAUCCAUUGCUUUGUUAUCAACUUCGGGAGAUAUUUUUAAAAACUUUUUUUUCCCCCCUCUUUUUUUUUUUCCUUUCCCUUAAAAAAAAAAAAAAAGAAAGAAAAAAGAAAAAAAAGAAAGAAAAAAAGAUAAUCCUUUUGGGGGGAGGGGAGAUGAUCGUGCUGAUGUGGAAUAAGUGCUCCUGCUGUCUCCUCUUACUAGCCGCGGUCCUGAUCGUGGAGAGCUCCCAGCUAGACAGCUCCAGCUCCAAGGUGAACUCCAUCAAGUCCACCCUGAUGGGGGAGGCUCCAACUCAGACAACCAACAGAUCUGCAGGCAUCCACCAGGGACUGAUGCUUGCUAGCAGUAAGAAGGGCAAAAUGCUAGAGCAGAUGGGAAAACCUCCCAAGCAUUAUCACCGGCAAGGAGAGGCCUAUCCUUGUACCAACGAUAAGGAGUGCGAGGUGGGGCGAUACUGCCACAGCCCUCACCAGGCAGCGUCUGGGUGCAUGAUGUGCCGCAGGAAGAAGAAGCGUUGCCACAGAGACGGCAUGUGCUGCCCCGGGAACCGCUGCAACAAUGGCAUUUGCAUACCCGUAACUGAGAGCAUCCUCACUCCUCACAUCCCUGCUCUGGAAGGGCCGCGCAACAAGAAGAACGGUCAUUACGCCAGCAAGGAUUUGGGGUGGCAGAACAUCGGGAGGCCACGCUCCAAGCUGUCACACAUAAAAGGACACGAAGGUGAUCCCUGCCUACGGUCCUCAGACUGUAUUGAGGGACACUGCUGUGCUCGCCAUUUCUGGACCAAAAUUUGCAAGCCCGUGUUGCACCAGGGGGAGGUGUGCACCAAACAGCGCAAGAAAGGCUCCCACGGACUGGAGAUUUUCCAACGCUGUGACUGUGCCAAGGGGCUGUCCUGCAAAGUAUGGAAAGAUGCGACCUCCUCUUCUAAGUCAAGACUUCACGUGUGCCAGAAAAUCUGAACGAGGGUUGGCAAGACAGUGACACGUGACUGUGGCUUUCUGUAUUUAAUGCGUUAUGGCAUGGAAACGAGGACUGCAAACGACAGCAGAAUGGCUAAACUAACAGUUAGGGUAGGAGUAGAAGUCGCACCAAACGCCUUUCUUUUUGAGCUGGUGGUAAACACAAGUGCAGCUGGGUUAUUCCUACUGUGCAGCUCUUCUGUAAAUAACUUCUACAGUCUGCAGGAAAUGCUAGUAUGCAAACAAGUACAGUGGAAAUUAAUGUCACUUACCUUGCUGUGUUGUCCCAUGAUGUUUCAGGGUUCAGUGGUAGGGCUGCAGCGGGUUUCCAGCAUGGUAAUGACUGCUAAUUAAAUUGUAUACGUUGUACUCCUAUAGGAAGCGCCGCAUGCCAGGAAGACUCAUCUGUCAACACUUUAUUGGUCACAUUGCAGGUGUGAGAAAUGAAAAGAUAGUUACUGUGAAUGUCCACACGCCCCUGUGAUGCAGGGCUGACACUCCAGCAGAGGAAGCACUCCUGCAGGACAAGAGUGCUGUGUUUCGCAGGCCCUCGUGAAGGAGGUGAAAACUUACCAUCUCACAAUCUCAAAAGAGCAGCAGUUUCUCUAAGAGGAGGCAUUUAAAGAGGGUUUUGUUUCCAAUACAUAGGUAAAUUGACAUACUUUAUGUAGUUCAACAUCAUAGUACGGCACUUAAUCGCUUGUAUUUGCCUCAGUUUACUGCUAGUGUAUGUUGGGUUGAACAGAUGAAGCAAAUAUGUGCAUGCUGAAUCCAGAAUUAUAUACAGGCAGUUGCUCAUUAGUCCUAAAUAUACUUUCUUUGCCUAAGUAUACUUGCAUUAUAGACAUUUCCAGAAGAAACAGCAGAGUGUUGAAGUGCCUAACGUGAGGAGCGAUGAAGUUGCAUCGCUGUUGCUGUUAUGACAGGUGAUGUAGACAUUUGUUGAGGUGUUAGAGCACACUGCUACAAACUCAAACUUUGACAUUCUAUUCGUAGCAACGGGCUAGUGAUGGCACUCUGCAGAAGUAGAACAGAUUUGUUUCUUAGAGGCAGCAAAGAAAAAAGGAGUUGGCUCUUGUGAGCGCCUCCUCCUGCAGAAAAGGAUGUCAGAAGAUGGUACGACUGCAAACAACUUGUUAAACAUCAUGGGAUGUCCCAGCACACCAGCCUCCAGCAUGUAUUCAGCCUGAACUUGAUGUCCUCUCAGUCUGGACUGUUCUACCAGGAAUGAUGGAAGUACAUGGACUGUGGAAGCAGCUGACAACUCUACGUUGUUUGUGUGCUGGUUAAAACAAAGGACAGUCUCUCUAUCCCUUGACUUGUCUCCCUGGGCUUUUCAAACUUUUUUCAUUUUAUUUGCAAGUAUUCCUUUGUAUAAACAUUGGUAAAGAGACUGAUAUUUCUUUAAAGAAGUCUGAUUCUAUAAUUGACCUACUGCUAAGUUGUAAUUACCCAUUCAUAAUUACCUGUUUUUGUGUUUUGUAAUACAAGGGACUUUCCUGUUUAAUCAGUUCUGAACAACUUGGGUAGACCAGUAUGCAGUUUAACUUUGAAGACCAUGUCACCCAGACUUAAGACACGGCUUAGCUACACCACCUGACUCAGACUUUCUAAUUAGAAUGCAGACCUUAACGACGUUGCCUUUAUCUUUCAUAAGAGUCUAACUAAGAAGAGCAUUUCACACACCUCUCUCCCUACGACAGUUAGUUUUUA